GAUCGACGAUGCGAGUGGAUCGCCGAGGAGGGUCGUGGUGGCAGUGCUCUUGUCCUAAGCGGGGCAUGCUGUACCCCUCGAUAUCUCACGUUGCACCUACCAGCCAACCCCACGAAGCAUUACGAUUUAAUCAAUGUGGGCAGAUAUUGAUGAGUCACUUCCGAGCAGUCGGUUACUAGCUUGCUCACCUGUCAUGCUGCGUUACUACCUGCGGUCACGAGUGUUACAGCAAUGGAUGUGCCGUCGACCUUGCCCGAGUCGAACUCCCCAAAUCCUCAGCAGCAUGCGACGGUAGAGAGCCAGCCGGUAGAUACAUGGUCACGGCCUCGAUCGGUGACAGCAGCUUGUGAGCGCUGUCGGAGGCGAAAGAUUCGUUGCGAUGGGAACACUCCCUGUGCUACCUGCCGACGCUUCUCCAUGGUUUGUAUUCGACACCGCAAAGGGGAGGCGCAAGCUUGCUUGGAGAAACGGGUACAGGAGUUGGAAGCACAGGUCGCUACGCUCAGUUCUAUUCUCUCAAGCAUGCAAAGUGAAACCGUCACUGAGGAUCUACCGGUGUGGCCGUCGUUCCCGAUUGAUCCCAGCCCCACAGAUUCCAUGUCAUCUCCAUUUGUAUGUCCAUCAUUUAACCCACAUGUGAAUGACGGGGGCACGCCACCUUUCGACGUUCCCCGAAUCCAGAUCGUGGAGUGUGCGAAUCCGACGCCCAUGCAAACGGCAAUGUCGCCAUCCGGAGUUCCGGUGGCAUCGGGAUCAAACACGGCUUCGAUGGCUAUAGGUGCCCAGCUGAUGCCGAUGCAGCUGGGCGCCAAUCUCACCCCGCCGCUGUCUGCUUCCUCGUCUCCAACAUGGGAGGCGCGAUGUUCUCUCCCGCCUGGAAGCUUUGCACUACCAUCCCCAUCGCGAAGGUCAUCUGUGUCGUCCUUGACACUAGAUACAAAUGCGGAUAUUCUAAAGCCUUCCUUACCUGGAGCAGGCGAUUGCCUGGUGGAAGUGCAAGGGAUUGGAGUUUCUCCCUUCGGUGAAGAACCAGAGCACUUUACUGUACCCAAUCGUGCCGAGGCCGAUGAUCUCUUAGACUUCAUUUGCGACAAAGCUCCUGGGCUGGGCGUGCCGCUCAAUCGAAAAUCCCUUCAGGCUUCUCUCAAUAUUAUGUAUGACCGCGAGACACUGGCUCCUAUCAAUUCUUGCUCAGCGUCGUUGGCCCGGUUCCAGGUAUACAUGGCCAUGGCAGCUGCACUGCGGUUGAGGCCGGAUGUACCAGGCGGGGAAAGCUCACUGCUCGACAACUUCUACCGAUUGGCGUUGGAGCAAAUACAGUCGUCUCAAUUCUGGACGCGACCGCUGGCCAAUGAAACGGCGUUGUUGAUGGUACUAUUCGCAAGGGCCAGCCAGGAGUCCGCCGGCCUUGGAUGACAGUAACUACAAAAAGGAUCACUGUAAAAUCGAAUCAAGACUAUAUUUAUGGCGGUCAGAUUAUGUUCAAAGCGCUUUUUGUUGGGAUAUCGGUCAUAUCAUGGCCGACCAAAGAUGCUGUUCAGUAUUUU